AUGGCCGACGUGCUGAACAGAGCGAGUUUCAAGCGCGAGAUAUCGAGUCAAAAGACGAAAAAUCGGACAAUAUACAACAAUUUCGAGAGAAAACAUACCAUUAUUGCGGGGGAACAUAUCCACACAGGGAAAGAAUGUCGAAAAUGCGGCAAAUCGAAUCAUUUCGCGAAAGUUUGUCGUGGCAAGCAACAAACGGCGUCGAAAUCCCCAUACACGAAACAACAGCACAAGCAAAGGCAGGACAAAGAGCCUAUCCAUCCAAUACACGAAGCUGAGAGUGAUUCUGACAGGACCGAGGACUAUUUAUACACUGUCCAUACACCUAAAAAGUCACCUACGGUUCGUGUAACUAUUAACAAGCAUUGCUUUAAUGCUACACUUGAUACAGGCGCAUCAUUAAACGUAAUUGAUAGAGCUACGUAUGAAAAAAUGGACGGAGUUAAACUUAAAAGAACAAUACAACAAACAAUAUGCUGA